AGAACACUUCGCAAGCUUGCCUAUCGCGCCGUUUCCUUUUGUUUUCUUCCGUGUUUCUUUUCCCCCGCGCUGUGAAGUACUCGCCUAAUAGUACCCCACCGCAACAACACCCUUUAUACCCUUAUCUCUCUUUCGCUCUUGACUGACGUCAUGCUCCGUGUGACCGUCCGUGCUCUCGUCCGCAAGGCACCGAGCAAGGUGGGCUCCAAGGCUGCUACCUCCACUGCUGUCGUUGCGUCUGGGGCUGCUCCCGUGCCGUCGAUCCCGUCGAUCCGUGCGGUGCCGCCGGUGGGUGAGUCGAAGGUCAGCAUCCCGCCAAUUCCCGGCGUGCGCAGCGCCCGUGCGAUGCGUCAUCAGCAGCGUGCGGCCACCCGUUCCGCCGUUGGCGUCGCGCCGUCGAAGAGGCAGCCCACUCGCAGUUGCGCGAAGCCUGCGCAGCCCACCAAGGCGUCCCGAGCGAUCAAAAAGGCCGCUAACAAGGCGCGUGGCUUGAAGAAGACGGUUCAGCACAAAGUGAAGACGGCGGCUCACGCCAUCAAGACCAAACCGAAGAAACUUGCAAAGAGCUUAUCGAAGAAAUCCGCUUCCAAGAAGGCGCACAAGUAG